CAAACAGACCCCGACCUGGACUCUCAAAGAAAAAACAGAAGAAUCAAUGAUUAACGGUGGAGGGGAAUUAAAUAUGGAUAAAUAGGUAACAUUAUAUAUUGAGGGACACACUUUUCAAUGGCAUUACAAGAUCUGUGCGGUUUCAAGGACUCUUUUCUCAACUCUAGAUGGAAUUUUCCAGCUUCACAUCGCAUGGCCCAGGAAGACACCUCCAUGCUUUUUGGGAAGAGAACCAGAGAUAUAUCAAGCAGGGGAUUGUCGUGGAGUAACAGUGAGAGCCCACUGCAUCUUUAUAUACCAGCUGCGGAAUACCUCAGUGAAAGCCCGAUACAGUUUGGCCAAAUCAACCCCAACACUGCACCAUACCAUAUCAACCCCCUUCACCAGGAUUCAACCCUACCUUUCCUCUCUUUUCCUCCUGGCUUUCCUCCCUCCUCCUCUCCCUCUGUCCCUCUGCCUUUCCCCAUGUCUCAUGGCACCACCACCCUGGCCUUCAUGUUCCAGGGGGGAGUGAUAGCUGCAGCAGACACACGGUCCAGCUGCAAUGGGCUGGUUGCCUGCCCAGCCUCGAAGAAGAUCCUGCCUGUCCACUCCCACUUGGUGGGCACCACCUCGGGCACAUCUGCCGACUGUGCCCUAUGGAAGAGGAUACUGGCUCGAGAGCUCCGGCUUUACCAGCUCCGCCAUGGCAGAAGGCUGUCCACAGCUGGCGCUGCCAAGCUACUAGCCCACAUGCUGCACCCGUUUAAGGGCACUGAGCUGUGUGUGGCAGCCACUCUGUGUGGUUGGGACGGAGGUGAGGUGGAGACAUGUCCUCUUGAGCAUGGCAGCAAAGGGGCGGAUCAGCAAGAGAACAGAUCAAAGAUGGGGAAUGAAACAGAUGAUCUGGCAAAGACAUCAGGAAGUGACUCAAUCUCUGAAGCAGAGGCACGGAGAAGGAAUCCGUGCCUCUCACCAGCCAUGAGUCGGCAGCACUGUUCUGCUGGAGGCAAACAGCUAGUGAGCUCUGGCCCCAGCUUGUACUACGUAUGCAGUGACGGGACUCGCCUGCAGGGAGCGCUGUUCUCUGUGGGCUCUGGCUCGCCCUAUGCCUACUCUGUGCUGGACGGAGGGGUACGGUGGGGGCUGACGGUGGAGGAGGCCAUCUCACUGGCCAGAGAGGCUGUGUACAGGGCCACACACAGGGAUGCAUACUCUGGGAACUGUGUGGAUGUGUACCAUAUCACCUCACAUGGGUGGACUCGCAGGGACAGAGAGGAAUUGAGAGAGGAGUAUUACAGAGAGAAGGAAAGAGAAAGAGUAAAGGUGAAGGAAAGGAGGGAGAAACAGGAAGGAGUGGAAGAUGGGCAGAUCAGUGGUAGAAAGAAGUGAAACUAAAGAAGGCAAAAGAGAGUUGGAAAUAAAGGCUUAGAAGAAGAAAGAAAACAAGAAACUUGUAAGUGACCAAUAACUGUACCCUACAGGGUUUUACUGAGAUUGUUUGUAGACUGAUGAAUGUUGAUCCUUUUUGUAAACAUCGGAGGUCCUGUGUUAUGUUCAAAACCAGAUUAUGGACUAGAUUAUUCACAUUGAUUCUUGAUAGAAAUGUAGUGCUUGAUUUAGAAUUUAGUCUUAAACCACAAUGACGUUGAAUUAAAAACAUAUUUAUUUUGGAGAAUUGCCAAGACGUCUCUGGAGGCAUUAAUGCAAGAUGUCUCUGGACUGCAGAAGGAAGGUGGGCCACAACCUGGUCCUCAACCUGCAUCUACCUUGUUUCCUGUGAAUGGGACCCUGUCCACAUGCUGGAGGCUCUGUGCCCCUCGGGAGAUAAAAGGGGCACGAUCUGACAGUAGAAAGAAGUACUGUCACUGUUGGGUGCACCUGCAUCUUAUCAAAGGAUAUGUAUGCAUGGUUCCUUGGGGUAGUAUGGUUGAGACGUCCAAGACUUAACAGUCAGCAGCAGACAGGUCAUCUCUGAAACUAUCCAUAAAAAGGAGGACAUUGACACCCUCAAAUUCGCCAGUCCAAGAAGGUUGCGUGUCGAUCCAUAACGAGCAGAUCUCUUGUCCAUAGCUGGUAUUGUCCUUAUAUUUGUCUUUGACAAAGUCUGGGUUUGCUUUGGUAGUUCUCUGUAUUUUACUGUAGCUGUGGGUGGACUCCACCUUGUCUGUAUAGCCAUAAGAAACAUGUACUCACACCUUUCCUCUUCAUUUUACAUUUUCAAAAUUAAGCUCUUGGAAAGUUUCUUGUCUUUAUAAAAUAAAAUAAAAACUUAGAAGCAUAAUUCAAAUCAAAAUCAAAAUCAAAUCAAAUUGUUUUUGUCACAUGCGCCGAAUACAACAGGUUCAGUGAAAUGCUUACUUACAAGACCUUAACCAACAAUGCAGUUUUAAGAAAAAUACCUAAAAUAUUGCCAUGGAAACAGAACACAAUAUAGCUUUUAUGACAUUAUAAGAACUGUGAUGUCAUUCAUUGUUUAGGUAU